CAAACGAUCCAAACAAUACCCGCCCGUGUGCUUCGGCCCAGUAAAUCAGGCCCACAUGCCCGUUUGCAGCCCAACAAAUAAUGGCGCAACCACCAGAGCUAGCUGUGUUUGUUGUAGAAAAGCACGGGCUCUCCCUCUCCUCCCGAUCUCAGCCGCCACGAGGCGACCGACCCCGGCGACGCUCGAUCCGGUGCUGCACCGGCCGCCGGUCGACGCCGGCGAGGAUUUGUGCCCUCUCCCGACCCACGUCUCUCUCUCUCUCUCGCGAAAUAGGAUUGGGCGCCGCCGCCGUUUUCCUGGUUGAAGGUGGCCAGAGCGCCUGCACGGGAGGCCUUUGUCGAGCGAAGCCCUGGAUCACGCACGGCGUUCCCGCGGAGGGACAGGGCGGCGGAUUCGAGGAUGGGCGCGGCAGGCGGAGCUCUGUCCUCCUUUGUCCUCUCCCAUCGACCGCUGGAUCGAAGAAGCAUCAGCUCACCCCACCUCCAUCCUGUCUCCUCUCCUACAUCGGCCACACCACGCCGCGCCCGUGGAGCGGAGUCGCAGAAGCACGACGCCGACUGCGGCGGAGUGAGGAGAGCUCGUCCGGUCGUCUUGUCCCUCCAAGGCAGGAUCAGGCCCAACCUCCACGCCACCAGCUCCACCCCAUAUCUCUUGCCUUUCAGGGACCUGCUGUCGUUGCUUGAGCUUGUUGAGUUUGUUUUGGGAGCUCCUCUUCCUGGGGAAAAUCUGUUGGAAACCUUGAGCAAGCAUCUAAUGUUGGCUGUGUCAUCAAGCUUUGGCUUGUAACUGUGUAUUUCUCUCCUUCUCAUCUUCUUCUUUGAGGAGGUUUAUUUUCAGGGAGUCUUGACAGAUUUGGUAGAUGAUCUAAAUUUUCUUUAGAAUUUUAGAACCACUAUCCUUUUUAGUGUCGGUGUUCAAUUGAUUAUAGAUGAUAGUGACAUUUUGGACCA